AUGGCGAAUAUUGACCACCCUACCACCUUCUCUCGUCUCAUCCUCUGCGGCGGGUGGAGUGGCACGGCAACCGGCAGUUUUCGGCGGCUGAAGCGGAUGACUACAAUCAUUUCUCAAACUUUAGCGCUAGAGUGUGAAGCGAUUGUCAGAGACUUCAAUGGAGAACGACGAAGAAGCUUUAGGCUCGCUUUUGGAAAAAUUCACUCCAUCAGAAAAGGAGAGCUCGAUGUUGAGUACCAAAAGUUUCAUUAUUUAUUUCCUCACACUGUCAUAAUCAUCUACUUCCUGCCCUUCAAGGCAUUACAUAUGACCAACAAGAUGCCAUUAAGUCCCGACAUGUCCUGCCACUGCCUAGUCAGCGCCUGGUUGCACGAUUCGACUGCUGACGAGGCAUCACGGGGAGUAUGGUUUUCGGAGUAUGAUUUUGGGAGCAGUAUAUAUAGGCGAAAUGGACAAGAAAGUGGAAAAAUAUAUUGA